CUGGUUGAUCUGCCAUCUGGCAUCUAUUUCCUGUGCCUGGCUGUAAUCUUGGAUUGAUUUUUGCUGCCACAUUUUCAGAACCAAAGAAAGGAAAAUUUUGACCAAUAUUUUCACUUUUACCUGGUUUCUCUGCUAGUAAGAAAGUUUAUAAAAGUUUAUUUUAUAAUAGCUUUAGUCUUGGUCCACGAUGUCAAAGAAACAAGCAGAGAAUGGGAGGUUUUUUUGGUGGAAAAUUGCUAACAUUUUUAGUUCAGUGGCAAGACUGGCAGGUUCUUUUGACCUCCCUGUGAUCUGAUGUGGCCUUGACUCUUGUGCUUUUCCCAGAUUCUGUUGGUUUCAGUAAGAGGAAAGGUACCAGGACGUGGCUGGUGGUGAGAUCUAUGGGAUCCACUGCAAUGCCUCUAUUCCAUUCUUCUCCUCCAGCAUCUCACGUAAUGGGUCUUUGCUUGAACCUGUAGUAACCUUGGGGAGGAGAAACAUGAAAGUAGGAGAAGAAUUAAGGUGAUGAUGUGCUGGUGAUGGCAACAGAAUGUCCUGUUAGCUUUAUCUGAACUGAGAAUCUAAUCUAGGCUCUGCUGCCUUGUGUCAUCUCUGAAGAGGAGACAGGGAUAGUGGCUCUUGGCUAUACAGAAUGUCCUGAGGGUCAGUCUGAGCCUGCAGACAACAGAAUUACUUUCCUCUUCCAUUUCUUCCAGUCACCAUUUCCUAAUUUAGAGAGAAAUGGUAUAUCUCAGGAGCAAAUAACAAGCCAUAUACAAAUCAGUGUGUUUGCACGCAACCAAGUGUAAUUUACUGACCAGAGAAAUAGCAGGGCCACACGGCAGCAAAACACUCAAGCAGUGGCUGUUCCAAGCUGAAAAGUAAAGGAAAGCAAGAAUUCUGUGGGUUCCACAAGGUGUUAGUCUGAAUUUGAGUCCUGCUAUUACUCCAAAUUAAUGCUAUUGACUUUGGAAGUGAAAGCAGGACCCCAAACAGUGGGUUAUUCACCCUGAAUCAGUGAGAGCACCUAUGCAACAUACCUUGUUUGCUCCUGUCACAUGGACUCAAUGCUUUGUUGCUGGUUUCCAGGUCAAAUCACAGAAGUCUGGAAUGCAACCCAGCAGAAGUAUACAUUUGGUAGGUGUUCAAGGCCAGCUUGGAUGCGGCCCUGGGCAACCUGAUCUGGUGUCUGAUUUGGUGGCUGGCAACCCUGCCUGUGGCUGGGGAUUGGAACUAGUUGAUGGUUGAGGUCCCUUCCAACCCAAACCUGCCUAUGAUUCUAUGACACCAACAGAUGGUGUUUUAUUUCGUUUCUCUCAAACGUCAUAGGAUGGAGUUGAUCUAAAGCAAAGUUUUCUCUGGCAUUUUCUCUUCUUGGUUCUGUGUUGUGUUGCUGUGGCCGUCUGUAUUAGCAGCAUCCCAGGCAAUCUGCAACCACUGACACUUGGCCUCUUUGUGAUGUGCUUGGCUACUAAAGCAUUCAGAACUGGGAAAUCACUGCCCAGCAGUGAGGAGUCUGACUUUCUGAGAAUGCAGUGGGAGUGUAUGGCUGCAUUUCUCUCACUCAUGUUUAAGAAACUCACUGGCAAGUGUUUCCUCCUACCAAGGUUCCUCAGCUCCCUUCUGUCCUGUGAGUAGCUGGAACUUGUAUUGGCAUGGUGAAGUUAAUGGACUAAGCUUCCACAUUUCCUUUGCUCAGUGCUGCUUACCUGUGUGACAGGUUCUUGCCAAGUUUUCCUUCAGGUUAUUUACUCAGUAUUUGUUAAAUAAGAGGGUAAUGGUUAUUUCAGGAAGCAGCCAACAAUCUCUUUGUACUGCAAUUCUGCUAUGGAAAUGAAGAUCCCAUUUGCCCCAGUGCAUGCUCAUUAUUUUAUUAGCAGAUGUCACUCACCAAGAUGGUCCUUUUGUUUCAGAUUUGGUGUUGUGAAACAGUACACUUUAAGCUAAUCACUACUGGAAAGGAGCAACUUGCUUCACAGUCAAUGGCUUUGAUGCCUUGGGUCAUUCGUGUACGGAUCUGCCUCUGUCUUGCUUUGAUUGACAAGACCCUUUCUAUAAAUCUGUGCAAUUAAGCAGCCCUGUAGCAGCUGCUAAGGAGAUCGAGUUAGCACAAACCUGACAAAAAUUGCUGUGCAGAAUCUCUUGCUGCUCACUCUGACAUCCUGAAACACCAUCUGCAAUUUAAAGCUGCAGGAGAUCUGACUCCAACAAGUUGGCAUGAAGCUCCCCUGUGUGACCCUGGGUGCUCUGCUCCUCCUCCUGCUGGCUGGCCAUGGAGGCACGGAGACUUCUGCCAUUGACCUGCGCACCUUCAUCGGCUGCGCCGUGCGCGAGUUCACCUUCCUGGCCAAGAAGCCUGGCUGCAAGGCGCUGCGGAUCACAACGGAUGCGUGCUGGGGACGCUGCGAGACCUGGGAGAGGCCACUACUGCAUCCACCUUACAUUGAAUCUUACCACCGCGUCUGCACCUACAACGAGACCAAGCUGGUGACAGUGAUGCUGCCCAAGUGUGGCCCUGGCGUGGAUCCCUUCUACACCUACCCAGUCGCCAUACGCUGCAACUGCGACUUCUGCUCUACGGCCACCACCGAGUGUGAGACUGCCUGAGCUCUCCUUCCCCAGUGCCUUCUUCUUAUUCCUAAGGUGAAGAAGAAUCAAGCAGGAGCAGGCAUCCUUGUUUCUGUUGGCUCAGCACAGUCUGCAGUGGUGGGAACAGGCUGCGUACAACUCUGAAGGUUUUGGAAUGCACAC